UAGAGACAGAGAACGAGGAAGAGAAAAAGAGAGACAGAGAGAGAAACUAAGGCAAAGGAAAGAAAGGUGUAACAAUGAGAGGGGGUGGGUGAGGGUGAAAAGGAAAAACCUGUCAGGUGAGUUUACACUGCAGGUGAAUAAUAGUAAAAUAGAAAAAGUAUGAGUGUGAGACAGGGAAACGGAAGUCUACUGAACAGUUGCUGUGAUUUUCUUCACAGAUUUUGGAUGCUAGGACUCUCUGAAAAAGCCAGUUGCAGAAAGACGAUCAGCAAAUGAAAUCUACAAAACACAAGAAAACAAUAAAAAGAAGUGAAGGGAAAACGUCCUCAGGCUGAAGAUUAAUAUUAAUAAACUUAAUAUUCCUGGGAAAGAAACAAAAAGUAGAAAAAACAAUUGUGCCUUUACAAAUGAAUAACAUAUAACCCAAAGACACAAAAGGAGCUGAUUUUGUGUGUGUGUAGGGCUCUGCUAUUAUUGUUUAUGGUGGAACUUUGCUGAACAUUUGAUUUUGUUUUUACCUUUAUAUCAACAGAACAUUACGGCACUGCAUCAAAGCCACACCUGCUCGCUGUCAAACAAAUCGAUUUUUUUUUUGGUUUAUGGAUUACUUUGAAAGAAUGCCAUGCCAACCCUUGGACACCCCUGAGCACACUGUAUGGGUUGAAUUACAUAGCUGACAAUCUCCCCAUGCUCGAUAUGGACAUUUAAAACUGUAUGUGUGACAAAAACUAUGAAAUUUGAGCAUGAUGUCAUGCACUAAAAAGAACUCUAAACUAUUCCUGACAAUCACAUUGUAAUGCAAGCACUAUUUCUCAUUGUCAAAAAUGGAUAUCUCUGUUGGAUCUACUUGUGUGCCGGAAAACUCACUUACGAGAGUUGUAAAUAUCGAAUCGCCAAACUGUUCAGAGAAACAAAAUCAAAGUAAGCCGCCUGCAGCACCAACACAGUCUGCUGUUAAGUUCCAAGUCCGCUCUGCUAAAGAAAGAGAGCAGUUGCUCGCCAAACCCAGUUUAAAGCCUCAGACAUUGGAAAAAGCAAGCAGAAGCAGCAAAGGGUGUAGAGAAGAGAUGCCCACAGUCCACACCAUUUCAUCUCAAUCUCCAUCUCUAGAUACUAAUAUGUUGGACAAUAGGAUACCUAAACUUCUGAAUCAGGUUGACUUGACAAAUAGAGCUGGAUUGUCCACUGGCUCUGAGAUGAGCAAUACAACUCAGAAGAAGCCAGACAAUGUCCAAAAUCUUACCCCCAAAGUGAGGGGAAGAACAGAUUGGAGACAAGCAUAUCAGUCAAACAGAAGUAAAAGCUUAGACUGGAGAGGAUCAAGAAGUGGAGCACAACAAGAAAUUCAGACAAACGCUAUCAAAAAUACUACAGAGCUCGAAGGAAGAUUUGUUCAACGUUCCGAGAGUUUACAAGCAAAUGAUGGAUCCAACAGUCCAAGCUCAAGUAUACUGGCUCAGCCAUUAAAGAAAGUAUCGUUAACAAUUCAACCACUCAGUGGAACUCGUCAUAGAAAGCUGGCUGUCAGUGGACUUGCCUCCUCAGCCGAAUCUGUAAUUCCUCCUGUCAGAACGGUGGCUCUUGCUCAGUCUUUUCCAUCCAGACUAAAAACAAAUCAAAAUCAGGAUAAGACAGAGGAAGGAAAACUUCCCUGGAUUUCUUUGCAGAGUGGUACAGAUCCUGCAGACCACCAUCUCAGAUCUCAAACCACCCCAUCAAAGGUCAUUGAGAGCACUGGGAACAACAGUGUAAUGGGUGGAAAUAAUCAUACUCCAUUAGAGGAUAAAAGUAAAGCAAGUUCAGUUCUCUCACCUGGACUCACCACUCCUGCACCUUUUGUCAAGGUUGAGUAUACUGGUUUGAAUAGAUCAUCAUUAGAUAGACUAACACCCUUUGUGAAUACAACUUCAUAUAAACCAGAAAACUGUGGUACCUUCCCAAAAUCAAUCUUCAAAAAGAAACAAAUCAAUUCAAAUACCUUGCCAGACACUUCAUUUGUUUCACCCAUUGGAAAAGAGAACCUGGUAACAAUGUCAACAAGGUCUGUAGAGAAACCCCUUAGCCAAGAUUCAAGACCUUUGGUUAACAACAGUAGUAUAUAUGAGGAGAGAAACCUAACUAGCCACAUGAUAGGACUAGGAACUCAAUCUUUAGGCAGAACAAAAUGCAGACAUUUGACCUCUCCAACUUCUUACUCCGCAUUUGGUCUAAAUAAUAACAGUAGCACCCAGAAAGAAAUAGAAAAGCCAGUGGAAAAUACGACUGGCAUGAAUACAAUUCCAGGAAAACAAGCACUGGUAGGAGUAAAACCUCAAUCGUCCCAAAGUGUGACAGCAGACAGUGAAAAACACCAUAAUCAAGAACAAAACGUUCGUCUGGAGUUGGGAUCCUCAGGAGAUUCAAGCAAGAAGAGCGAGACCUUGUUAGAGAAUGUCCAAGAAACGUCCCUGUUUUCAGUGCGAAACAAAAUUCACAAAUUUGAGGCACUUGCUCUGCAAAACCAGAAUUCAUCCCGGAUCCAGAAUCCUAGAAGAGCUUUCUCAGUUACAGAAAAGCCAAAAGUGGCCACUUGUGUGAAGAAACAUUCUGAUAGGUCAUUAAGCCUAAGUGGCAGUGACUGGAGUAAAGAAUUUGUGACAGACAAUCUUUUCAGUGAGAGUGGACUCUGCGAUGAAGCUUCGAGUAGGCAUGAUUCAAGUGGACCUGUCCAGAUCAAAACACAACCUGCAGGUGGAUCAAGAGCGAAAACUCAAAAUAGUGGAACUAAAACUCAGGAGCCCAAAGUUGCUUUGACUCUGAACCUGGAUACAUUUUCAUUGGACCAUAACAAUACUAAAUGCCCAGUAAUAACUAAACAUGUGGAUGAGCCAGAUUCCUCCAAGGGCAGUAAUGUAAGAUCUUUUCAAAAGCUUAAAAACAUUCAAUUGCCUGAAGAAAAAGUUAGGGAUUAUGUCAGUUCUUCAUUUUCCCACAACCCCCAAAAGUCAAGUGGAAUCACCAAUGCGUCCCACAUGGAUAAUAAGGAAAUCUUUCCUAUUCGAGAGAACACAUUUCCAAAGUCUACAAAAGAUGAAUCAUUUCUAACACCAGGUAGCACACCUGUGUUACCAAAUUCAGAUUCAUCCACCAUAGUAAAAUCAACACUGUUAACCGGAAACAGUGAUCAUUCCAAAUCACCAUCCAAUUUUCAUAGCGACUUGGCAGUCGGCCCUCCUAUCCAGGUCGCUUCGUCAGAUUCAGGUGAACUCAGUCAUCCCUACCAUUCCAUGCAAAAUGAAAAAGCAGCUGCAAAAGUCAUUAGGUGGAUAAUGGAUAAAGGGGUUGAUGAGAAUGGUGAAGACUACGACGACGAUGAAGACGAUGAGGGAACAGAGAGAGGAUAUGACUCUGACUCAGGGGAAUCGUCAGUCACCAUUACAAGCCACAUGAGCAAUAGGAGUUUUUCGAUGAGCCUUGAAGAGAUAUGCAGUCUGGGUGGGCUGGACCUUCCCCUCUCGGAUGGGUCAAUGGAUGACGAAAACUGGAUGUCCAAGCGUACAGUGUCCCUAAGCUCUGACGUUUCUGCCCUGUCCGCUGUGACGCUGCUGAGCAUGGAUGAGCUGGACUGCUUAUUGAAUGAUGUCAGGAGUUUGGAAGAUGAUGCCUUAGAGAACUAUGAUGAUGUUCAUGUGGUUGUCCUACAUAAGGAGGCAGGAACUGGACUUGGCUUCACUGUGGCUGGAGGAGUGGAUCAGAAUAAACCUGUGACUGUUCACAGGGUGCUACGUGGUGGCACAGCAUCCCAGGAAGGCUCCAUCCAUGUGGGAGACCAGGUGUUGUCUAUCAAUGGCAAUGCUCUACAUAACUCCACCCACAAGGAGGCACUCCACACUAUGAGAAAAGCAAGAGGGCGGCCCAUGGCAGUGGUGGUCAUCAGGCGAGGUGAUGUCACUGAAACAUGCUACACUGUGAAAGACAGUCCACAGAAAGCAGCUGGGAACCGAGGCAGCAGAUUGAGAGUGACUUUGAAUAAGGCCAGCUCUGACCUGGGCUUCAGUUUAGAGGGAGGAGUGGGCUCCAACUUAGGAGACAAACCCCUCACUGUACAGAGGCUAUUUCAGGGUGGACCAGUUGGGAAGGUUUUCCCAGGAGAUGAACUCUUAGAGGUUGAAGGGCAGAGUUUGGAAGGUUUGAGGCGGCUCGAGGUCUGGCACCUGAUCAAAAGAUUGCCCCCUGGCCCUGUGGAUGUCUUACUGCAACGUCCUUACAAGUGAUACUGACAGCGUUUUCUUUAGAAUCCACUUCAAAUACGGACUUAGAUGCUGUAUUUAGAGUUAAGUCUGCACAGUUAUGCACGGUUAUGCAUAUUAGUAUUCAGAUCUCAGGGUUACCUUUGGAGCUAAGUGCUACUCGGACUGUGGGUGAGCAUGGCUCAUGUUUCAGUUGAUUCUGACUUUAAAUAUUAGUGAUUAGUGAAGUUAAGAGCUUUAUUAUAACCCAUGCCAUAGGCUGAUCAAUAAAUUUCAUACAAUGCUGAUUGAGUUAAUUUUAAUACACAGAAAAAAGGCUGAACUGCAAGCAGUUGCAGAACAGUCUGAAUAGUCAGCUAAGAGAAUUAAGUCAAUUAAUACAAUUAUGAUAUGUAAAUACUGACAAAACCAUGACUUUCUGUAGUUCAAAUCUCUACAUACAGCCCAAAGAGAAAAAAGUGUAUUAAGUGUACAAAAGCUUUUAAUAAGGUCUGUAAUUAUUAUUAUUAUUUUUUUAUUAUUAUUUUUUUUUUUUAUUAUUAUUAUUAAUCUUAGUACAGAUUUGUUUCUGUCUUAUUUUGCCAUCCUAUUUGUUGGAUUAAAUGCACUGUUCUUAAACGGAUUGAAGAAUAAUACAAUGCUUUCAGAGGAUUACAAAAAUGUUUUCCUGCAGUGAGCUGUGGUUUAAUUGAUUAAUAUGUUUAAUGUGUGCUUUUUCUGAAUUACAUUUUACCUGAUCAGGUUUACAUGCUACUUUUUUUGUAAUUUCAAAGAAAAUUACAGUAUAUAUAUAUACUGUGUACAUCACAUCUUAUUUAAAAUGAUGUGUCCUCAUUUACAGUGUGGUCUUAUGCUAUGCUUAUGUCUUAUGUUCUUUAUCUAAUUGCUAUCAUAUCUGUUUUUUAUGGCCAUUCUGACCUCAUGAAGAGAAUUAAUAAAUAACUAUAUUGCACUGCAAUGAUCUUUGAAGCACUUCACAGCAGCUAAUUGUUAUUACUGGUUACUCUGUAGAUCUCAUUAGUUAUCAGCAGUGUUGUAUUAAGAUUCCAAUAGACAUUUUUUAAAUUAAUGACAAGAUAUUUUGACUAUCAAGUUCAUCCCCAAAUCACUUAAGGAACUGUUCUUGCACUUCUUAAUUGUAGAUUAGGUUAGGAUUAAAUUUCAUGUCACAUAAACAAAACUGUGCAUAUCAAUAAUCAGAGAUGGGAAGUAAUGAAGUACAAAUAAUUUUUGGGUAAGUACUUUACUUCACUAUUUAUUUUUCUGACAAUAUUUUACUUUAACUUAUUACAUAUUUUUACACAAAUUUCGGUACUUUCUACUACGUACAUUUCAAAACCAGGCUCGUAAAUUUAGUUUUAAUCUGUUUGGUGACAUAUUAUUUCUUCUCACUGCUGUUUUUCAGCCCAUCAACCUAUUUUUUUGUCAUUGUGCGGCUUUUUUAUUUUACCAAUAGUGUGUAUCAUUUCCUGGCUAUCACGCACCCCAAAUGUAGUCUAACCUACAAAGCUAACAACAAGUAAGGCAGAAGGCAACAACAAGUACGGCUAACGUGGAUGAGACAGACGAAGUCAGCGACGCAAACAUGACUGAGAACAGAGACAUUCCUGAUCACCUGGUCAUCAUCAUCUUUUCUCUGCUUGUGUUCUAUGUGGUGGUUGUUCAGCCUGAAUACAUGUGAUUUAAGGUCCAGUUGCCAGUGUGACAAUAAAAUAGGUACAAAUAAUAGCAACCUUUUACUUAAGUACAUGUCAGAGCCUGAACUUCUUUAGUGUAACUUGAAUGAAAAAGUAUUCAGUACUUCAUUUUUUAAAACAUGAGUAUCUGUUCUUUUACUUGAGUGAAGGAUAUUUAAGAAUUUCAUUGUGCAAACUGUUACUG